AUGGUUUUCCCAUGGAGUAUGAGGCGAUGGGGCACUUUCCUGUGCAUCUUCCUGAGGACGGUACAAAACCACCUGUGGAUAUUUCGAAGAGCAGACAAGAAUGAUGAUGGUAAAUUAUCCUUUGAUGAAUUCAAGGCCUACUUUGCGGAUGGAGUCCUGAGCACUGCUGAGUUACGGGAGCUGUUUCACAAGAUUGAUAAGCACCGCACAGACAACUUGGACACAGAGGAGUUGUGUGAGUAUUUUUCUGAACAUCUAGGGGAGUAUGAAAGUGUCCUGGCAGCUCUGGAGCAGCUCAAUAUCUCCAUUCUGAAGGCCAUGGACAAAACUAAAAAGGAAUACCAGAGCUCCUCGACUCUGGAGCAAUUCGUGACCCGCUUCUUGCUCCGUGAGACGGUGGACCAGCUACAGUCACUGCAGAGUUCACUGGAGUGUGCGAUGGAUGCCAUUGAGGAGCAAACCAGCCAUGAGAGGCAGGAGCAGGAUAUACCUGAGGACCCGCCGGUCCAUCGCCCAGGGAGACGAUAUGGUCGCAGAACUCAGAAGAAUGUCUGCCUGUCCCCUAGUGACCCGUACUCGGGGAUCCUUCACUCAGGUGUCUGUGUGGAACCAGAGAGUCAGUGGGUGACUCAGGUUAACAGAUUACAGCAGCUGAUUGACAGGUUGGAGUGCAAGACCCCAAGACUGGAGCCCUUAAAGGAAGAAGUCAUUGAGGAAACCACUAAUUCUCACAUCCUGGUAGUGCAGAGGCAGAUGUCAGUGCUGGAGGAGGAAGUGGAGGAGUUCCGUCUUGCUCUGAAACAAUAUGUGGAGUUGGCCUCCAGUCAGAGUGGCAGCUUGCACAUCUCAGUUCAGAAGCUGGGCAAUGAAACCUGCUUCAUCAUCUAUGAGUUCUGGCAGGACAGAAGUUCAUGGAGGAGCCACUUGCAAGCAAACUACAGCAAGAACUUCCAGAGGAACAAUGUGGACUUCCUGGAGACACCAGAACUAAUGACAACCAUGUUACUUCCUGCAUCCUGGUGGAUUACCAACAAGAACAACAACAACUGACCCCUUUGCUUUUCCAAGUAACAACG